AUGUAUACAUCCAAGAAGGAAGAAGAUAAGCGUGAUUGCUUUUCCCUUUAUGGUCUCGAUAUCUUUUUUAGUGAUGAUGAACCGGUGAGCUCACUUUUUUUUUUGUCUUGUUUCAAUUUUUUUGGAAUUUUCAAGGGCGCAUUAGAAAAAACUUUUGAAGGUCCCAAGAAUGCCGUUUUUAAUAGAGUUUUAGACUAUUUCAGCGCUUUUGAACAUCCCAGUAAGCGUUUUGAACAGACUUAACUCAUCAAAUAAUAGAUUCUUCUUCUGAAACGGAUUCAAUUUAGGUCCUUAUUUUAUUGCUUCGAUGUUUCACUUCCGCUGUUUUCUUAAUCACGACAAUAAUCACGAUUUAUUUUUGCAUCAGCGCGCAAUUGACGGAAACUCUCAAUAAUUUAUUGAAAAACGCAGGUUUGCCCAAUUAAAACAAUAGUUUUGAGAAGGGAGGUAUUGUAGACAGUGGGACCACGGCUAGUUUGGCAUUUGAACAUUGCGUCCUGCCGAAGUACGACGCUUGGGAUGAUCCUGUUCUCAUGGUGAGUUUGUUAACAAAAAAAAAGUACGUUGAUCUGAACUUUUUUGGGUUCAGAGAAUACGUUUUUUUAAUGUUCGUAACGUGGUCAUUUUUCAAUGACAGUUCGGUGAGAUAAGCGCAAACUCAUUGAUAAGAGAUAUAAGACCUUUUUUAUCAUUCAGUUGUCAAAAAUACUUCAUCAUCAUCAGAAAUAAUUUUCUCUGAGAAGGGAGAUUAGCUCGAACAGUAAUUUUAAAAGUAGAAAUGUCAACCAAGCUAACCAGAAAAAAAAUUUUUUUCAUCAGAAACAGGAAGUUUCUGAAAUUGAAGAUCAACUCGUGAAUCAUAAUUUUUAUGCCAAACUCCCGAAAAUCUUUAGAAUUUUAUGUAAAAUCAACUUCAUUUCAUACUGAUAAUGGCGUGUUUUUCGAAGAAACGGAACAUGCUUCUAAACGAAAAAUCGUGUUCAUCGGCGCGCCAAAGUUGCUCCAAAACAGUACUAAUUUUUGUUUUGGAGCAAUUUUUUUGCGUUUCGAAGCGUUUCGAAGCAGUCCGAUGAACACGCCAUAAAAGAAAGUAGUCUUCCGAUUUACUCUAGGAACAGAUAAAACGAGGAAGAGAGUUUUUUUUUUCAAAGUUUGCUGCUUUUCUCUAAUAUUAAAUAACUUUAACCGCUGAGAUAGUUUCUAUAACACCGUCUGAACUCUCAGGACCACGACCACAAAUUCGAUUAUCGUAAAGGUUGUCCUCUACCGGAAAAGCCCGUGACGGAACUUGCCAAAGGAACUUUCAAAGUCGUCAGAAAAGGCUUUGAAUGUCAGUUCAGGUUCCGAAACAAAUCAUAAAACUCUUCGUAAAUUUCUUGUUUAGAUGUGCUUUUUGGGAUAGUGAAUACAGCAACAAAUACGGCGGUUGGGAGAAAAUUGCUUUCGAGGAAAAAUUGAAAGUCGAUUGCGAGUUUGUCCAUUCGAUUUGCAAGAACAGUAAAACCAAGGAGAAAAUGGAAAAUAUUCAAGCUCAGAUUCUUGAGAAAAAGGGAGUUAAUUUUUAAUCAGCAUCAAUCGAAGCUCUUAAAGUGAACCUAUGUGAGAUGACUCGCUUGUAAAGUUUUUAUUUUUUUGAGUUUCACCCGACAUAGAACGACUUGCGCGUAGUGGUAUUAUAAAGAGUUUUUAUUCCUAUUUUUAGACGACUUUUCACGGCUCCGCAUCUUCCUUGCGGCAAGUACAAGUAUAUAAAUCCAAACCUUCCAGAUUAGGCAAAAAUGAGACAAAAAAGGAUCAGACGGCUUCUGGGAAAUUUUACAGUGUCUACGUCCUGCUGAUCGAUUCCAUCUCCACUCAACAAACUAUUAGGUUAUUUUCGAUUCUCUUUCCUUUUCAGUUUGAAAUAGAUUAUUGUAGAAACAUGCCAGCAACGUUAGCCUACAUGGAAAAGCAGAUGAAGGCCAUAACUUUUCCAUUCGUCAACAAAAUUGGACUCAACAGCUAUCCAAAUGCAAUGGCUCUUUGGUUCAGUGAGUUGAAAAAAUCUUUGUAGAAAAUUUUAAUUUGUCCUCAGAUAAACAAAUCAAGGACAAUAAUCAGUUAGUCUUUGAUUUGCCUAUAAAAAAAGCAGACUCACCUGGAUAUUCCAAGGUUUUUCUAGAACUCAAAUCAUUUCUAGCUUUGCUCAUAUUCCAGACUUGUCACAAUUAUCUGAACAAGUCUGAAUUCAUCAUGAAUCUCUACGAGCGAAAGGGUUAUAAGGUUGAGCUUCUCCUGGGAUGGAAUCAUGAGGAAAUUCAGACGUUUCUGGCAGAAGACUGGGCCAAAGGAGCCGUGGUUUGGCCGAAUUGUUAUGGAUUCCAGGAACAGCCUACUCAUCAUAAUAUGCGGUACCCUAUAAAGAGUUUUGAAUGAGUUGGGAGAAUCACUAGGCCUUAUCAUGUUCUUCUGGAGUCGAAGCAAUGUCGCAACCUCACCCAGUACCAGAAGAAAAAUUGCAUCGAAGCGCAUCCGAUCCUUCUCGAUUACCUUGGCCAGUUCGCUGAGUCUUACGAAGGUUGAGUGUCUUAAGACGUUUCAUUCAUCAAAUGCCCUUUUUUUCAUGGUUGAAUAAAGCUAACAGCAUAAAAAGAAAGAGUUUUGCUGACCUUGGAGGGCUUUAUCUGGAAUUGUCAUCACUUCUAAUAAUGCGCACGAAAUUCUCCAUUUUUCAAGCACGUCACGGUUCAUUUUUACGCCGAAAGACGAAGGAAAAAAAAACUUUUGAUAAACUUUCGCCGCCAAAUAGCCGCGUCGCACACGCAACACCUCGCCCUUGCCAACCAGCCCAUAUCACCUUUCAAGUCGGGAAACAUUGACUAUAGUAAAUCCUCUAAAUUGCGAGCAUGUCACUAGAAUUCGCCAUUGGCAUGAAACCAUUGCAGUUCUGCUUCAAAUAUGGAAUUAUUCAAUUUAAAAUAAAGUUCUGGUCAUCAUAAACACAUUCAGUUUCUAGAAUCUUUGAAAUAGAAUUACAAAAAAUCAGCAAACAAAAUUCAUUUUGAGUGGUCAAGGUUUCAGAAUUCCAUCACAAUCAAUAGCAAUCGAGACGGGAGAGUUGAGAAUGACAUGAGAAAAAAUUAAAAAUGGAAAGUUUAUGAAAUGAACAAAAUUGUCGUUUUGCAGUGAUACUUUCUUUUUGCAGCUAAUAAAUUUCACGGCCAUUCUUUUUUUUCAUUUAAAGUUCUUCGAAAGAAUAAUUUUUCAUGAAAAAAAGUUUGUUGUAAUCCAUCUGUUAUUAAUAUGGUUUUUUUUUUCCUCAAACCCUAUUUUUCGCUCACACGGCUUCAACUCCUUCAAAAAGAUCAGAAAUAGUGAAAGAUCGGAAAUGAAUAAUAAAAAGAAAGUAAAGAGAAAGUUUGAUAGUUUAUAAUCGUAUUUGAUUGCGGUUGUAUAUAAGGUGCAAUUCUUGCAGGAGUUCCUAAAUUCGGAUGGCUUUGGUCGAGUGAAGCGUCGCAUUACUACGUUGAACAAACUGUUCAUGUGGAUUUGGAUUUUCGCAAUUUUCUGAUCGAUCACCGCAAAGAAGUUUUUCUUCUCGACUUUCUCCUUGAUUUUAUCCGCUUUUUAGUUUGAAAAUUCUUUCGUGAUUUUGAUGGGCGACCAUGGCCUUCGAUUUGGGAAGGUAUUCGAGUUAUUCUAGAGGAUUUCCCAAGUUUUAUAUUAAAGUACGCCCACUCGGAGAAUGGAGCAUUUGAAGCCAAAAAUUCGCAUUUCACCAUUUCGAUACCGAGGGAACUUCGGGAAUCGACUCGGCUUUUGGAUAUUCUCCGUCUAAAUGCUCAGAAGCUUCAGUCAACUUUUGAUGUUCAUGCCACCUUCAGAGAUAUUGUGAUGGUAUAAUAGUUCAAAUAUACCAUUGAUGUGGAGAAAAAGAGGAUUUGGGCGUCUUUGGGGCUUUAUACCCUAUUUGACCGCUCAAUAAUUUAUCGACAGAUCAAAUGAACCCUAACGAGUUCAUCUGGAUCUGGAAUUUAAGAGAAUACAGUAUAUAAUUAUUCAUCAGGUAAAAGGCAAAAGCCGCAAUUUCCUAAUGAAUUCAAAUUGAGCAUUUCAGAAAGAACAUCUGAACAAAGUUUCUUUGAAACCUGAUACAAUCACCUUUCGCACUGCCCUAGUAAAUUGCGUUCGACCUAUUUUUUGUCGGGUGCGCUGAAACAAUCGUUUCCAAAGCGUUUCGAGCCAAUAUCUUAUUUGCAUAUGAAGUUUUUAAUAAUAUCAAAACAUUUUCCUCAGUACCAACCCGAACAAGCGUACUCAAACUACGAUCCGAUCGCCAAGGCGACGGACCGGGGACAUUCUUUGCUUCGGCGUCAACCUGAAAUUGAUCGAAAUUGCAAGGUUAUCCUCCCGAUUUCCCAAAAAAAACGAGUCCGUUUAUUUCCUUUCAGACUCUCGAGAUUCCAUUCUCCUUCUGUAUGUGUAAGUUUGAAAUGAAGAACGUCACAACGUAAUUUUUUGCAGCCAAGAAGCUUUUCAUCGUAGUUUUUCAGUUUUUCGCAAGUUUCCAAAUCCAUUGGCUCUUACAUAAUUGGAAUUAUUAACAAGGGUUUGAAGGAAGCAAACAUGACAAAUAAAUGCGAACCUGUGAUUUUGAAUAAGGUUAUUAUACAAGAAAGACUAGGGAAAUCAGCAGAUUUUAGGCUCUCGAUAUCCGCUCUUAUAAGUACUCGAAGGAGGGCAGGUACCAAGUUUUCAAGGCGACAAUCAAGGCUGCGGCUCCUCACAAUGGAAUCUUCAGGGUCGGUUUUCUUGAUAAUCUUCUGAAAACCAUGAAGGAUGGUUUUCUCAAAUGAUUUCAGUUAGACGAUUGAGAGCAAUGAUUUCUAAAAAUCUGAAAGUCCAAGCAUAAACGAUUGAAAAAGGCACAAAUCCACUUAGUUUGCAUAUAAUAAAAUGGACUGAUUUUUCACUGUUUUUCCGAAAAAUAUAAAAACUUGUUAGCUCGAAAAUUAAUUGAUUUCGUGAGAAAAAAUAGUUUCAUAAUAUAAUCUGUAUAUAACGACUCAAAAAGAUGAUUGUAUUUGUAAAAAACUCAACAAAUCGGGAAAACUUUUAUCAACAAUGAAAAAAACUUCAAAAUUAAAAUAAAAUAUUUCGACGAUAAAAAAUUAUUUUGCUCGCUGGACAGAACUUUCAAAUCAUCUCAAAUUGUUAACUUUUAAUUUUUCGAGAAUAAUUCAAGAAAAAAAAACCUUCAAUUCAGGCACACAUCCGGAAGUCCGAUCCGACAGACCCAUCACUACCGCCAACUCUCGACUUGGUCAGUGAUUCGAUCGAGCGACUCGACAAGUAUGGAAACGCCGGGAGUUGCGCUCCGUACGCCGUCGGCCACUACUGUCACUGUCUCAAAACUGAGAAAUCCACUAUUGAAAUAAAUUCUUGACUACUACUUCCCUUGACCUUGUUUUGGCUGCAAAAUAAAUAUUCAAGCAGGCGAAAACAACACGUUUCCCCGGUUUAUCAGUGCUCUUCCUUCUUUUUAGCCUUUUUUGAAUGAUUUUUAUCAUGUUCGUUUUCAAGUUUAAUUUUUUACGGAUAGUAGAAUAUAUUUGAAAAAGUCGGUUAUUUCGGUAGGUUUUCAAUGAAUGUUCAAUUUUAGAAAAUUUCGAAUUUCGAAACAUUUUUGAACAUUUUUUUUAGGUGUAAAUGGCUUUGAAGUUAAUAUUUAUCCAUGAUAAGAACAAUUUCGAAGUCUGAUUUUCAAAAUCCGGUCAUUAAUUUUUCAGAAGCUUCUUUUUCUUAUGUUUCCUACUUUGCCAGAAAAAAUGCUCUCAAAUCUUGCAUGUCAUUUUCUCAAGCAAGGGUUGAAUGAAUUAAUUGUGCCAUCGUUUUUUUUUGUUCAAAAAAGGAUGCCUGUUCAAACUAAAAGUGUGUGGUAGACUAGGAAUGUUGAAAAUAGAUUUAGUUCCUCCUGAAAUGUAUUUAAUUCUUCCUUUUCCAGUUUAGAACUUUGUGCUUCGAGGACACGUUUUUGAUGGGCCGGCGAGCCUCCUACAAGGUUGAGAAAAAAAAUUUCAACUUUUCAAAAAAGUCAUUUUCAGCGGCUUCUCGUUUUGAUAAUCGCUUUUGCUCUGGUGACGCCAAUAUUUUUUCUUUUUCGAAAUCCAUGGUUUUCUGAACGAUGGGUUGACGAUUAUUUGGCGGAAAGAACUACAGGUAUGAUUCACGGAAUUCUCUUUCAAAGUUCGAAGAAAAGCAGCUCAUAAACAGAACAUUUUAUAUACCUUGCAGAAUGAGGUACCCGAGAAACGUUUUGAAAAGAAUUAAUUUCACAGGGAGGCCAUCGUCAUUCGAGAAAUGCGUUUUGCCGCGCUUCGAUCCAUGGGAUGAUCCUGUUUUGGAGGUUGGUAGCAUUUUAUUAAUUUAGUUAAGAAUUAAUGAAAUAGCCUUGCGAUGUAAAAACCGCUUUUGAUCAAAGAAAUUUUUUUCAAAAAAAUUCAUUAAAAAGUUAGUUGCAGGUGUUAAUCAAAAAAAUAUAUGAGAAAACGGAAUAUUGAAAGAUUUUGUGGUUUUCGGAACAUUGUGAUAACACAAUUUUUUUCUUUUUCUCUACAGGUUUCAAAAAAAACGCUUUGAAUAAUUUUGAGGUAAAUUCUACCGAACGAAAUAGUAUUUUUUUGGAGUCAGUUCACGCUUAUUUUGAAAAACUGUGUCAGAGAUAGCAAAUGUAUUUUUCCAUUGAAUUCUGAAUUUCCUGCCGUUUUUGAACACAUUUGCAGUUCCACAACUACACAAUCGGAUGGUUCAAAAACUGUUCUCAAAAAAGCGAACCAAUGGCUGAGAUCAGAAAUCAGACAAUAAUACUUCUAAGACCAGGACUUCAAUGCAAAGCCAGGUAAUCCCAGCAUUCUGUUCCCCUUUCAAAGGCCGAAAUAAGGUGCGCGUUGUGGCUGGGCGAGUAUCACAACAAGUACGACGACUGGAGGGACGUCAAGUCCGAUAGUUCGUUCUCCUGCGACUUCGUCCAUCUCAACUGCUCCAACAACGCAACGUCCGAAGUUCAGGAGACGAUUCUCUACCAGAUUGUUGAAACACAGUAA